UUAUGAUCAUGUGACCCGCGCCGCCACUCUGCUGAUGGAGAAUAUAACAGUGGGUGUGGACAUCCUGCUCCUGGAGGGGCUGAGGGUCACGCCCCAGUCCUCCGUCCCCGCCUUCGUCCUCCUCCUCCUCAUCUACGUCUUCAUCAUGGUGUCAAACCUCGGCCUGGUGCUGCUGAUCGCCACCGAGCGCAGCCUCCAUCAGCCCAUGUACCUGCUCUUCUGCAACAUGAGCGUGAACGACGCGUUCGGGGCAUCGACCGUCAUCCCUCACCUGCUGAUGGACGUCUUCACGCCGCUGACUCAGCGCUACGUUCACUACCAUCAGUGCGUAGUGCAGGCGUUCUGUGCCCACUUCCACGGAGCCACGUCACACAACGUGCUCACGAUCAUGGCGUUCGACCGCUACCUGGCCAUCUGCAAGCCGCUGCGCUACGCCGCCAUCAUGAGCAACAGGAUGGUGGUGGCGCUGUCGGCGUGGGCGUGGGCGGCUGCCUUCGUGAUGGUGGCGGCGCUGGUGGCCCUCAGUGCGCGCCUGUCACGGUGCAGACACAUCAUUAGGAACCCGUUCUGCGACAACGCCUCGCUGUUCAAGCUCUCCUGCGAGAACGUCCUCAUCAACCAUGUGUACGGCCUCGGCACCGCCGCGUCCACCAUGGCGUGCUCCCUCUCCGCCGUCACGCUCACGUACCUGCGCAUCGCCACGGUGUGCUUGAGCCGCAGGGACGCGGCGCUGAGCGGCCGCGCGCUGCAGACGUGUGCGUCGCACCUCGCCGUCUACGUCAUCCUGCUGCUGUCGGGCAACGUCAUCCUCAUCCUGCACCGCUUCCCGCAGCUCUCCCAGCACAGGAAGCUCGCCUCCGUCCUGUUCCACGUGGUCCCGCCCGCCAUGAACGCCGUCAUCUACGGCCUGCAGAUCAAAGUGGUGCGGGAGAAGAUCGUCGUCAUCUUCAGCAAGAAGAAGUCGCAAAACGGAGCGGAGAAACGAGCGAGUUGAAGCAACGCUGUGCUGUGACAGCGAUCGAGCUCCCACACCAAACCUCACAGCUAAAAUCACUGAGUUCACUGUCCCUUUAAAUCCACCAUCACUGACCGAUAUAUCGCAAAACCUGACAGAUUGAAUCUAUCUGAUCCUUAUUAUUAUUAUUAUUGUUAUGAUUAUUAUUAUUAUGACUAUUAUUAUAAUGUUUGUGAACA